AUGACUAAAAGAUUUUUAAGAUCUGAUGCAACGCCUUUAUCAGAUGAUAAUAUAAGAGAUAUCAUUAAUGCUAAAAAUUCGAUGAAAUGUGCUUCAGAAGUUAUGGCAAAAAAAUAUAAGAUAUCAUCACGCCGUGUUUAUCAGAUUUGGCGAAAUCAAGAAUACCCUACUGAUCAUAUAUACCAAAUCCAAAAUAAACAAAACAUUAAUUGGGAUAAAGAAAUUGAUGAUAUAUAUAACUUAUAUAGAGAAGAGGCUAAUAGAGUUCUCUGGGAUCAACCUAUACCUCAUUCAUAUAGCCCAUACCUGCGAAGCAAUACACAAAGUGCACAAGUACAGUCUAAUAUAUCCCGCCAUGAAGUGACUGACUCUGUAAAAAAAAGUAGUACCUCUUCCAUAGAUAAUACAUCGAAAAGAAAGACGGAUCUUGAAAAAUUAAUGAAAGAUACUGAUAGAUUGGCACCUAUAAAUCCAUCUUUGUCUCAGUAA